ACACGUUUUCUUGUCUUUCCCACUUUGAAGAGUGCAUAGAAGGCAUCGGUCUCCCGUGAAAACAGGGAGUCACAGACUGUUAAGUGAAAGUUUGCAAACACAGCAAUCAACUCAAAAAAAAGGUUUAUUACAAAUUAUGAGAAAAUAUUUAGGUAAAUUCAUUUUACAGAGUUUGCAAGAAGAGAUAAGGCUGAUGGAGAGGAUUUUUGUGCAAACAAUAAACUUAUUAUUAUUUUAUUUUAUUUUAUUUUAUUUCCCCCACAGAAUAAAUGCACUUCAACAAUAAAGAAUGUUUUUUCUUUCCCCAUAUCUUUACCAGGGGUGGCUGUAAGUAAGACGGAUGCUCAGACAGGCAGGGAGCUCCUGAUCGUCUCCUUUCCUCUCCGUCUCCCCCUCCCAUCAUGCCCUGCACUGAUUGACGCAGCGCUUUCAGUCUGUUCUGUGAGUUCACGCAGCACAGUAGAGUAGACAGGAUUACAAUCAGUGAAGGACAAUGAAGGAUUAAAAAGACAAACACAACUGGGAUGAAAUAAGAGACACGCAACAAGCGUGAAACUAAAAGAAGUAACUAAAAAACUGCAGGAAUAAAGGAAAAUUACUAAAAAAGGAAGAACAUGGGAGCACCGCCCUGAAAAGUGAAUGCGAGGUUAAAAAAGUGAAAGCCUGAACAUAGGAGGAUAAAACAUAUCCCAGCAAAACAACAACUGAACUGCAGGGUUCUUAAACUCUUUGGUGGCUCUUCAGAUGCACCUCAUCAGCCACGGAGACCUAACGUCAGGGGGUACAGCGCAGUCUGUCAUCCCACCGCUGCCCAUUCACAGCAAUGACAGGUGCCAUGGGAAGUAGAUCCAACAGGUACAGCAUUGUGUCAGACAUCAUACCGGAGGAGGAGCUACAGAAGAUUUCUAGCCUUGCGCUCUACAACGGUCACGGUUCUGCCAAGGUGAAGGAGCAGAGCGACGCAGAAAGAGAGGACAGCAGAAGGAAGCCCGGAGCCUCCACUGUCGUGUCCGGCUCCAGCAGACAAAGAGGCAUGAACAACUACAAUGGGAAGGUCCUGACGAGGGGCUCCAGCCAAGUCCGGAGCCGUUUUGUGAAGAAAAAUGGGCAAUGCAACGUGGUGUUCACCAACAUGGAAGACAGGAGUCAGCGCUACCUUGCCGACAUCUUCACCACCUGCGUGGACAUCCGCUGGAGAUACCUACUCCUUAUAUUCUGCACCAGCUUCCUGAUCUCAUGGCUGAUCUUUGGUGUAAUCUUUUACAGUGUUGCCCUUGCACACGGGGACUUUGAUGAGCCCACUACUCAGAAAUCUAAUGUGCUGGUGGCAGGAAUGUAUGGAGCCUCCUCUGGGCACACAGUCGGUGGGCAGACACAAAGGAUGCCCUGCAUACUGCAUGUUCAUGGCUUUGUUGGGGCGCUCCUCUUCUCCAUGGAGACCCAGACUACUAUUGGCUAUGGCUGGCGCUGUGUUACAGAGGAGUGUCCUCUGGCUGUGUUGACAGUGGUUAUACAGUCUAUUGUUGGUUGCAUCAUUGACUCCUUCAUGAUUGGCACCAUCAUGGCGAAGAUGGCACGGCCAAAGAAGAGAAACCAGACCCUGAUGUUCUCCAAAAACGCUGUCAUUGCUCUUCGCGAUGGAAAACUGUGUCUAAUGUGGCGAGUGGGCAACCUGCGGAGGAGCCACAUCGUGGAAGCUCACGUCCGCGCGCAGCUCAUACGAUCGUAUGUCACAGCUGAGGGUGAGUUCAUCCCUUUGGAACAGAUGGACCUCAAUGUGGGCUAUGACGAAGGCACGGACAGGCUGUUUUUAGUGUCUCCGCUGGUCAUAGUCCAUGAGAUAGAUAAAGAUAGCCCCUUGUACACCUUGAGCCGAGCUGAUCUGGAAGCAGACGACUUUGAGAUUGUUGUGAUCUUGGAGGGGAUGGUGGAGGCCACAGCCAUGACCACGCAGUUCCGUAGUUCUUACCUCGCGAGAGAAAUCUUCUGGGGUCACAGGUUUGAGCCAGUGAUCUAUGAGGACCGGGACCGCUACAAGGUUGACUACGCACGAUUCCACAAUACCUACGAGGUCACGUCAACGCCCCAUCUCAGCGCAAAAGAGCUCGAUGAAGCAGCGAGCCGAGCGUCCUCCACUGCAUCUCCUGCAUCAGCACAUAGGUCUACGCUAGACUUGAUCCCGCGGUCUUUGACUGCCUUCUGCUAUGAGAACGAGGUAGCACUGAGCUGUGCAGAGGAGGAAGAGGAAGACAUAUUUGACUCCACACAGAUGGUAGGGAAGGACAGGGCAGAAGAGAGGAGGACUUCUGUUGACUUUCAAAGUAUGUUUCACGACACAGCAACCAUAACCUCAGGCAGUCACCAUGUCAUGUGUGUUCUGGACAUGGACAAUAACCAGAUGGAGUUUGACAUCCUACAGACUACGAUUCCUCUUGAUCCAGUCAGCUAUAAAAGUGAGCAAGAGGCCUAGAGAGUGGGAGCUUGGGUUGUUUGUCCAGAAAGUUGGACAUCUGUUCAGCUUACAUCAUCAAGAACAAGAGCUGUAGCUCAUUUUGCCUUUCCAGUGCUUUCUUUCUUUUUUAUUGUUAUCGUCUUUUCAGGUAUUGUGUUAAAAUUUCAGCAGUAUAGAUUUUCCAAGACUGCAAUGCUUGGAGGGCCAUAGUGAUCAAGGAGACUGAUUCAGCAUGUGGACAGAAUAUCUCUGAUAAACUUUUGGCUUCAUUAAACUGUGAGUUCAUAACCAAAUGAAAGCACAAGCAUGUUAAGACCAAGAAUUUUAAAGUAUACUUUCGAACAGGGGUGGGCGACUCAUGGCCUCGAGGGCCGGUGUCCUGCAACUUUUAG